AUGGUGUCUGACGCCAACUAUGAAGUUGUCGCAGCUAUCCGCAGUAUUCGCAGUCACAGUGGAUGUGCUCAAGAAAUCAUGGGUUGUCCAGUGGCUUCACUUGCCGUAUUACUGUGGGACUCCCUAUUAAUGAUGGGCGAUGAGGUUCAUUGUAUAUGGACAAUGAAGGGGCGCCCCAUCAAGUGGUUGUACUUCCUUCUACGUUAUUUUCCUCUGUUCGCGCAGAUCUUGCAUCAAAUCGUUUUCCCUGACUUAUCUGGGAGAGAUACUCUAUCCCCCAUUGGGUGCAAGCUGUGGCAUGCGUACAUGAUAAUUCUGAUACAAGUUAUAACUAUCGCGUUGGAGCUCGUAUUGGCACUUAGAGUUAUUGCACUAUUCGGUAGACAUCGAUGGGUAUCUGGCCUACUUGGUUGCAUCAUGGCAAUUGAAAUUCUAUACAAGCAAUCGUAUUUAGAGACUGGCGGAUUUUUGAGGACAACCAUUGCAUUCCAGAUUGUUCGCGAUGGAACUAUCACAUACUUUGCGAUAAUGGCGCUGAUAUGUUGUGGCUUCAUCAUGAUAAGACUACAUUGGUAUCCAGCCACUUUGUUCUUUUGGGCUGUGACCGUUCACUCGAUAAGUGGAACCCGACUCAUCUUGAACAUGGCAUGUUUGCGAGGGGAGGAAUUGUCGCAGGAGAGCGAGAACAAUAUGUUUACUACUUUGAUUGACGUCUCAGCUAAUUUCAUGCCUGAAGUUUGA